AUGAGACCAAGAGUUUUCUUGUCGGCGGCGCUGCUAUGCCGGCAGACGACGGCUUUGUCGAUACCCCAAGCAGACAUCCUCGAGAAGCCCGGCGACAAUGAUGUCAACGCCGCCGGCUCCAGCGUAGAGGAGAAGCGAGAUUUAUCCGGUCUUCUCUCUGGCGCCCUUGACAUACUCGACGCAGUCCCGGGGAUCGUUAAUCAGGCCAUCAACACGACCAUUCAAGUCGUCAGGGCCCUGAAAGAGACUGUGGACGAGAACGGUCUUCUGCGAGAUGACUUGACCACCAUUCUGGGGCUGAACACUACGACUGGAAUGCCUUUGAUGAACAACAACACGGCAAAGGCCGUCACAUGCCCCGAUGUCGCCAUUGUGUUUGCUAGGGGAACCAAUGAGCCCGGCAACGUGGGCUUCCUUACCGGCCCCCCUUUCUUCGACGCCCUCAGAACCUACAUGAACGGCACCGGCACGGUUGCUGUGCAAGGCGUGAAUAACUACCCGGCCAUUGCCGCCGGGUUCUUCGCCGGAGGCUCCCCCAACGGCGCGGCUUUCAUGACCCGGGUGGCCCAGCAAACAAUUUCCAUGUGUCCAAACACCAAGCUCACGAUGUCGGGCUACUCUCAGGGGUCGCAGGUGGCACGUCUGGCCAUCGCGGCAAUGCCGGCUGAUGCGCAGGCCAAAAUAUCGAGCGUCGUCCACUUUGGCGAUCCGCUCGGCGGAAAAGCGAUACAGGGCGUUGAUUCGACCCGGCUACUCGUGGUUUGCCACACAGGCGACAACAUCUGCCAGGGUGGGCAAUUUAUAUUCGACCCCCAUCUGAACUACAGCCUGGACGCGCCCACGGCUGCGUUGUUUGUUAUGCAGAGAAGCCGGCUCGGUAUAGCCAGUGGAGAUGCCCGGAACGAAGGAAUGGGCAACACUAUGGUGGGAAAGGUGCAAGACAUCAUGCGUACGCCAAAGCUAUGA